CGAAAUCUCGUCUGAUCUAGUUCUGAUGGCGUUGCAAGGCCAGAUGAUGAUUUUGCUGAGUCCCGAAGAAACGUGGACGCCGUACGGCCCUGCCAGCGUACCUUACGACCCCAGCAUUAAUCCUCCGUACGUCUUCCAACCAAACGCAAACGAAACCUCAACUAACGCAGAAGAGUCUAGUGAAGAUCACAUUGCCGGCGCGUCAUCAUCAAACGGUGAAAUUGAAAUACUCAUCGAAGAAAAUCCUGUCAAGACCCCACUGUCCCCUAUCAACGAUUUGCGUGACGAUCAGGGUGAUGCAUCUGUUGACGGGGAGAACCAAUCACCAAAUGUGCAACAUAAACGACCUGCUGAUCCGAUAACUGUUGAGAAGAGGAAGCGUAGGGCAACAAAUGACAUGAAAUUUCAGUCCUUUCAAAUAAACUGGAGCAAAGUUAGCGACCGCUUGAUGCAGCAGCUCGAUCUCUUCCAAAGUGCAUGUAACAUCAGCCCAAAACAACCCGUUCCACGAGAGAAGCGGGUCACCAACGAGGAUUUGAAUGAACUCGUGGCAGUAGUAGUAGAUCAACUGCGUACAAUUGACAAAGCCGUAUCGGCUGGAAUAAUGGACACAGUGGCGAAACAAAUUACGGCGAGAUAUCCCUGUCUAGACUUCUCCGACGAUGACGGGUUUAAGGAUGGGAAAGGUUUCGUUGCCAUUAAGUUGAAGCUGAUCCACCGGAACUCAUAUAAGAACCGAUUCAAAGAAGAGGGUGAAGCCACCCAAUCGCGAUCACAAAAGGCAAAGUUGCGCCACGUACAGAGCGGUACCCUUCAAGAAUACUGGCAAACCACGUCCCAAGAUUGCCCUACCAGCGUGAAAUCAGUUCUGCAGAGAGAUGAACCCGACCAGUUGACGAACGACUUUCUGAUAGAAUCCCAACCAUACGUGAGAUUUUUGUUUGAUAAUGAAGAGCUGGAUGAACUGCUCUCCCGAUUCUCAGUCCUACGAAGAACCGUUUUGCUCAAUUAUCAUUUUGAAAAAGCAACUGGUGUAAACAUAUCCGACUUGAGCAAAUACUUUCUGGCCAAAAAACGCAAGAUUAUUGAUUACUCGCGAAAAUCAAAGAAGCAAACCCUCGGAGAGGAGGCCUCAACUUUAGAAAUUCUCGAUUUUUUGGCACAUCUUGUCAACGAAAAGCUCGAGAAUCUGAUCAUUCAAAAAGAGAUGGGCACAAACAUUUCGGCGAUCAAAACAGACGUAACUGGACCUAUUCUUGUCUGUAUUGACAUGGGCGAUGACAACUGUAUGUAUUACGUCUACGCUGAGAAAACACGUCUGACCGAGGGAACUCCCUGCAUCCUUGGUGCCGUCGAAAACUUGAUGACCGUGUAUUAUGUACAUAAUUUUAUGUAUGUAGAACGCUGCUCUAAAAUUCUUGAAUUGAUUCAAGAAUACUUUCUUAAAAUACUGCCAGCCACGGGCUCCAAAAGUCAGGCGACCAGAGUAGGUGGAAGGCAACGGCUUGUUAAGCGAGUGAUUCUUGCACUCUCUGCUCAUGAAGUGGAAGUUCCCGAAUAGCAUAGCUAGUAACUGAUAUUUGUUAUAUUUUGAUAAUACAAAAAUAAUGCUUAGUUCAUAAGUGAG